AAAAUCUGAUUCCUCUAUCCACCUCAGAACCCAACCUUAUCACCAUAUAAACCCUCACAUUCUUCUGCAAAACCCCAAUUCUCUUCUUCUCCACCAUCAAGCGUGCGUUACCGAAAUUCCAAUCCCGAAAUGGCGAACAAAGCGAUGGAAGUUGUGAGAGGUUUGGACUUGAAGCGCUACAUGGGUCGCUGGUACGAGAUAGCGUGUUUCCCAUCAAGGUUUCAGCCCAGUGACGGCAUGAACACCAGAGCCACCUACACUCUCAACGAUGACGGCACUGUGCACGUUCUGAACGAGACUUGGAGCGGUGGGAAACGAAGCUUCAUUGAGGGAUCUGCUUAUAAGGCUGAUCCUAACAGCGAUGAGGCUAAGCUCAAGGUCAAAUUCUAUGUUCCUCCAUUUUUGCCCAUUAUUCCUGUUGUUGGGGAUUACUGGGUUUUGUUCAUUGAUCAUGAUUAUCAGUAUGCUCUCAUUGGUCAACCAAGCAGGAGAUAUCUUUGGAUAUUAUGCAGGAAGCCCCAUUUGGAUGAAGAAACCUACAAUGAGCUUGUUCAGAAAGCUACGGAUGAGGGGUAUGAUGUGAGCAAACUCCACAAGACUCCACAGAGUGAUACUCCACCCGAGGAAGAAGGCCCCCAGGACACCAAAGGCAUUUGGUGGAUCAAAUCCCUUUUUGGGAAAUAGAAAUGGAGAACAUGUAAGUGGCUGAAGACUGAAGUAGAAUUUCAAGUUAAAAAAUAAUGCGAUCAAGAACUCUAAUCAGAGCAUUUUUAGUUUGGAUGACUGUAAUGCAUGUAUUGGCUUGUUAUGUAAAUAGACUAAAGGUGUGAACUUAGUAAAGUUGGUGUUUGAUGCUCUGAUUGUGUUAACUCUUAUUGUUUUGGGGUGAUUCCAGUCUUUGAUACUACAGCCAUUUUCUUUUUGUUUA